AGUCCAGAUGGUGGCGGUAAUACACCACAAGUUGGCUUGUCAAACUCUAUUAAGCCUCACUAGAUGACGAAAAAGAAUCCGACUCAUAUUAGCAAAUAUGGAGGACGGCGGAGUGCUAGUAGAAAAACCUCAGGAGGAUGUGCCGGCAUUGUCGAAUUUAAGACCCCAAACCGCCUUGUCCUUCUUGGCUCCUGAACCUGAAGAUCUGGAGGACCUUUACAGCAGAUAUAAGAAAUUGCAGCAGGAGCUUGAAUUUCUGGAGGUGCAAGAGGAAUACAUUAAAGAUGAACAGAAAAACCUGAAGAAGGAAUUCCUUCAUGCCCAAGAGGAGGUGAAGAGGAUACAGAGCAUCCCUCUGGUCAUUGGCCAGUUCCUGGAAGCAGUUGACCAGAAUACUGCUAUCGUGGGCUCAACCACAGGCUCCAAUUAUUAUGUUCGAAUUCUGAGCACAAUCGACAGAGAACUGCUGAAGCCCAAUGCAUCUGUUGCUCUGCACAAGCACAGCAAUGCGUUGGUGGACGUUCUCCCUCCAGAGGCCGACAGCAGCAUCAUGAUGCUCACAUCAGAUCAGAAGCCUGAUGUGACAUACUCUGAAAUCGGAGGAAUGGACAUCCAAAAACAGGAAGUGAGAGAGGCUGUUGAGCUCCCUCUUACGCAUUUCGAGCUCUAUAAACAGAUUGGUAUCGACCCACCCAGAGGAGUGCUUAUGUAUGGACCACCCGGCUGUGGAAAGACCAUGCUGGCAAAAGCUGUGGCUCACCACACCACAGCGGCCUUCAUCCGUGUGGUGGGCUCAGAGUUUGUGCAGAAGUAUCUGGGCGAGGGUCCACGUAUGGUACGAGAUGUCUUUCGACUGGCCAAAGAGAAUGCCCCAGCUAUCAUCUUCAUUGAUGAGAUUGAUGCGAUUGCUACAAAGCGUUUUGAUGCACAGACUGGAGCUGAUAGAGAAGUGCAGAGAAUCCUUCUUGAGCUUCUGAAUCAAAUGGACGGAUUUGACCAGAAUGUGAAUGUCAAGGUCAUCAUGGCCACUAACAGGGCUGACACUCUGGACCCCGCCUUGUUGCGUCCUGGUAGGCUGGACCGUAAGAUUGAGUUCCCGCUACCUGAUCGUCGACAGAAGCGCCUGGUGUUCUCCACCAUCACUGGCCAAAUGAACCUGUCAGAGGAAGUUGACCUGGAGGAUUAUGUAGCUAGGCCUGACAAGAUCUCUGGUGCAGAUAUCAACUCUAUUUGUCAGGAGGCUGGGAUGCUUGCUGUGCGUGAAAACCGUUAUAUUGUGCUGGCUAAGGAUUUUGAGAAGGCUUACAAGACUGUUAUCAAAAAGGAUGAACAGGAACAUGAGUUCUACAAGUAGAAAAAUCAUCAGCAGAUAUUAGUUUUAGCUCUGAUCCUUUAGAAGCAUUUAUUUGUGCGUACACAGUGUAUUGUUGAGGAUGUAACACUUAAACCUUGGUUAAUGCAGUUUACACUGCUUGUACUCCGACUUGGAUUUCACAGGACACACACAAAAUAUGGAUUUUCAACACGUGCAUUUCUAUUUACUGUAUGUAUUCAGUUUGUUGAGAAAAAAAGCAUCCCAUUAAAUGUUUUCCAUAAAAUGACUCUAAUUAAAAAUGUUUUUCAUAACAAA